AUGCCGCCCGAGUGGCCGGCGUCCUGGAGCUGGUCCCUGGCCGGCCUGCGGGAGCUGACGGCCACGGGCAUCCAGUCGGUGCGGGACUGCGACGCGGCGGCGCUGGCCACCGUGGCCUGCCUGCUGGUCCUGCUGCUGUGGUACUGCCACCGCGUGGGCCGCGACCGGCCCUCCGCGCCCGGAGCCCCCUCCCCGUCGGCCGCCGCCCCGGCCCCGGCCGCCCUGAGGCCGGGGGUGGACCCCGGCGGCGGGGGCGACGACCCCCCGGACGUGUCGGCCUACUGCCGGUCCCCCGGGUGCGGGCGCUGCGCGGCGGCCGGGGCCGGGCCGGACCGCCGGCUCUACCGUCACCUGCAGGAGUACGCCAAGCGCUACUCCUGGGCCGGCAUGGGCCGCGUCCACAAGGGCGUGCGCGCCCAGGGUCGCUACCUGGCCGGGCGGCCGGCCAUCCAGAAGCCGGAGGUCUUCCUCCUGCCGGACCUGCCCAGCGCUCCCUACUUCUCCCGGGAGGCCCAGAAGCACGACGUGGAGCUGCUGGAGCGCGGCUUCCCCACCGUGCUGGCGGAGUUCCUGCGGCUGGCCAAGGCCUUCUCCAACUGCAGCCUGCCGCAGGGCUGGCGGCUCCACGGCACGCCCCGCGGCCAGUGGCUCACCUUCCCGCUGGUCAGCCGGGGCGUCUGCGUGCCCCGCAACUGCCGGAGGUGCCCGCGGACGUUCCGCUUGCUCGGGACCCUCCGCACCUGCAUCGGCAACAACGUCUUCGGCAACGCCUGCAUCUCCGUGCUCGGGCCCGGCACCGUCGUGGCCGAACACUACGGCCCUACCAACGUCCGCCUCCGCUGCCACUUGGGUCUGAAGACUCCAAGCGGCUGCGAGUUGGUAGUCGGGGGCGAGCCCCAGUGCUGGGCCGAAGGCCAGUGCCUACUGUUCGAUGAUUCCUUCCUGCACACGGCAUUCCACGAAGGUCCCCAGGAGGAGGGCCCCCGCGUCGUCUUCAUGGUCGACCUGUGGCACCCCAACGUCGCAGCCGCCGAGCGCCAGGCCCUCGACUUCAUCUUCGCCCCGGGGCGGUGAGCCCGGGCCCCGGGGG